AUGGCUUCCGUUCCGAGUGUGCAAUGCUUCGGCAAGAAGAAGACGGCCACUGCUGUCGCCCACUGCAAGCAAGGCAAGGGUCUCAUCAAGGUCAACGGCCAGCCCCUCUCUCUGGUCCAGCCUGAGAUCCUCCGCUUCAAGGUCUACGAGCCCCUUCUGAUCGUCGGAGCCGACAAGUUCUCCGGUGUCGAUAUCCGCGUUCGCGUCACCGGUGGUGGUCACACCUCCCAGGUCUACGCCAUCCGUCAGGCCAUCGCCAAGUCCAUCGUCGCCUACUACCAGAAGUACGUCGAUGAGCACUCCAAGAACCAGCUGAAGCAGGCUCUUGUCCAGUACGACCGCACACUCCUUGUCGCCGACAACCGUCGUACGGAGCCCAAGAAGUUCGGUGGUCGUGGUGCCCGUGCCCGCUACCAGAAGUCCUACCGUUAA